UACAUUGACAGACUGCGCAAGAACGGCUUAUCAAGUAAUGCCUCUGCUGGGAAUAAUAGUAAUGGCAGCAUUGGUUUAAGCGAUUGGUGCAACCAAUUGUCAACUCGUCCAUUUCCGGUUGGUGAUCCGGCCCAUUCAGCUUCUCAACUGGUCAAUUGGCCCCACUUGACGGCCUCAUUUCUCACCGGGCAGGCAGGCUGUGGGCUAGCAAGUAUCACAGAGGCAGUUUGGAGCCUGCGCGACCAUCUUCUUGAGGAUGCCUUCCGAGUGAGACUUAGCUGCACCAGCACUACUGAUGAUAUAUAG